AUGAAGUCUCGAGCUGUACUUGCCCUGCUGCUGUUGACUUGUGUUUUCCUCACUGGCGUCAACAGUGGCUUCAUCGAAGGUAUCCUCAGUCUCGCAGAGGCCGGCAGGGCGGCGAAGAUGAUCAAAGAAGGGACGGCUGCAGCCGGGGCGGCCAAGGCGGCAGAGCUGAUGAAGAAUACGGGCCAAAUGCGGGGCGCGAUGACCUCAGCCGGCACCGUCGCCCGUGCGGACGCGAAAGUUUCGAGCAAUCUCGAAGCAAUGAAAGCUGCAGAAUUGACGGGAACCUUGGGCCGUCGAUCCACCACCCACGUCUUGAUGCGUAGAACGCGCAACUACCAAAACUCAGCACCGGGAAGAUGA